AUGCUUGUCAAGAGCACACGAGCCGCCGGCCAUAUAGCCGACCUGGGGGAAACUUUCGAGACACUAAGGAGUCACAAGAUGAAGCUCAACCCGGCCAAAUGUGCUUUUGGCAUUUCCUCCGGAAAAUUCUUGGGAUUCAUGGUUUCGCAAAGAGGAAUUGAGGCGAAUCCCGAGAAGGUAAGUGCUGUCCUCGAUAUGCAAUCUCCCCGGACCACCAAACAACUGCAACAGCUGACCGGGAGAAUAGCAGCCCUUAACUGGUUCAUCUCCCGGUCCACCGACAAAUGUCUCCCAUUCUUCAAGAUUUUGAGAAAAGCCUUCGAGUGGAGUAGUGAGUGCGAGGAAGCCUUCAAGAAGUUAAAAGAGUAUCUAACUAACCCGCCGCUAUUGAGCAGCCCCGGAGGAAGGAGAAAUCUUGUAUCUCUACCUCGCAGUAUCACCCUCGGCAGUCAGUUCAGCUUUGGUCCGAGAAGACUCAGGCAUUCAAAAACCGGUUUAUUUCACCAGCAAAGCACUCCAUGGAGUCGAGGAGAGGUAUCCUCGGAUCGAAAAAUUGGCCUUCGCCUUAAUAAUCUCGGCACAAAGACUAAGACCAUAUUUCCAGGCACAUGCUAUACGUGUGUUAACCGAGCAUCCGCUGAAGAAGAUAUUACAAAAACCAGAUCUUUCCGGCAGGGUCAAGCGUUAGCCGAUUUCCUACUAGAGUUCAGCAAUACGCCCGAAAGCAAAGAACUGCCCGAGAAGGAAACAUGGGUAGCAUAUGUAGACGGUUCCUCGGCCAACCAGAAGAGUGGAGUCGGUGUCACGUUGGCAAGCCCGGAUGGAGAAACUUUUCAAUAUGCGAUCAAACUGGAUUUUGUGACCACCAAUAAUGAAGCAGAGUAUGAAGCACUUUUGGACGGGCUUUCAAUAGCUCGGGAAAUGGGAGCAAGGAACUUAGAAAUCAGAAGCGACUCUCAGGUGAUAGUCAGCCAUGUGCAGGGAUUUGCCGAGGCACAAGGCGAAAAGAUGAUUCAAUAUCUCGAUAAGGUGCGUAAAUGUCAAUCUAACUUUGACAGAACCGUCGUAAUAAAAGUUCCUCGGGAAGAGAAUGCCCGUGCUGAUGCUCUUUCCAAAAUGGAUUCCGGUACCGGGCCCGUCGUCAAAACAUCCACACGGGGGGUGGUGAUACAGACCGAGCCUUCAAUCCUUCCAAAACUCGACAUGAUGGAGAUUGAAGAAAGAUCAGACGAACCCGAGUGGGCCACUGACGUCAUUCAGUACCUCCGCAACGGUUCCCUACCCGAAGAGAAGCUGCGAGCUCGUAAGGUAAAAAUGCAUUCAGCUCGGUACGUGCUUAUCGGAGGAUCACUUUAUCGAAGAGGAUAUACCGAGCCACUUCUCAAGUGUCUUACAAAUUCCGAGGCAGAAUAUGUACUAAAAGAAAUACACGAAGGGGUCUGCGGGAACCAUUCCGGCUCUCGGAUGUUGGCACACAAAGCAAUGAGAGCCGGGUACUACUGGCCAACAAUCAAUAAGGAUUCGGUCAAACUCGUCUGA